AGGAAGGUUCUGUUGUAUGUAAUGCCUUGCGAUUGCCUGAGGGUGUUUCCUGUGUAAUCCAAACCCGCUCCCGGCAAAGUAUCACCUUGGGUCAUCAUCCCAACCUGACAGGUAACGAUGGCGAACGUGGGGAACCUGGAGGACAGAGGCCGCAACGAUCAGCUGCUGAUGUGUGGAGUCCAGAGCUUCUCCGAGAGGAAGGAUAUCAUUAGCAGCUUAGUGUCUGCGCUGGAUUCCAUGUGUAAAGCGCUCUCGAAGCUGAACGCUGAGGUGGCUUGUAUCGCGGUGCACGAGGAGAGCACCUUUGUGCUGGGGACGGAGAAGGGAAGAGUUUUCCUCAAUGCCAGGCGGGAGCUGCAGAAGGAGUUCGUCAAAUACUGCACAGCUAACUGGAAUGCUCAGCUCCGCGAGAUGGAGAUGCUGAAGAUGGUGACGGACAACGGGAGGAAUGUUCAGAGGGACUCGCCCGACCCCAUGGCCGACAUCUACGUCCUUCGCAAGAUGGUGGAGGAAGUGUUUGCUGUUCUCUACAGUGAGGCUCUCGGAAAAGCGUCGAUUGUCCCCGUGCCUUACGAGAAGAUCCUGCGGGACUCGGCCCCCAUCCUGGUACACGGACUGCCCGAGGGCGUCUCCUUCAAGCGACCGACCGAGUACGAGGCUCACACACUGAAAAGGAUCUUAGAGCGAAGCAACCGCAUCCGAUUCACCGUCAAAAGGCCAUUUGAGGACAGUGUCCGGGAGACUCGCUUCUGUGCUGAGCCGAGCUGGGAAACAUCGGCCGGGAAAAGCUCCAGCGAUCCCAGCCCCGAGAAUCCGGCCACGAAACAGUCCAACUGUGACUCCAGCACUGCCCGCACUCCACCACAGUUCCUCUAUGACUUCCCGGGAUCCAGGAUUCCACUGGAUUUAAACCAGGACUUUCUGGCACUGAGAUCCUCAGGAAGCUCCGCAGCCUCGGAACCCAGAUCCUCCACGGCGACCGACGGCACCAAACUCACUCCCGCCCGGGACUGCGCAGACGACACCGGUAAAAAAACAUCAGGGUUUAAUGGUGAACUCAACAACAUCUCUCAACACUCACACGUUUCAAAGUGGCUUCUUUUUUCUAUAGUACACGAUAAAGCAGAAAAAUGGAACUUGUAUAUAAAGGAAACUGAGGACAUCAACAUCCUGAGAGAAUGUGUGCAGAUCCUGUUCAACAGCAGAUACGCCGAGGCCUUGGGAUUGGAUCACAUGGUCCCCGUUCCGUACCGGAAAAUCGCCUGCGACCCGGAGGCUGUGGAUAUAAUCGGGAUCCCAGAAGGAAUUCCCUUCAAACGACCCUGUACCUACGGCGUUCCCAAACUGAAGCGCAUCCUGGAAGCCAGGCAUAAAAUCCGCUUUGUUAUUAAGAGGAUGUUUGAUGAGAGAGUUCUCACAGAGGGACCAUGUUAUGAUCGGGGGUUUGAACCCCAGCACAGCGUUGGCGCCAAAUAUAUCCGGGAUGUCUCCAAGCAAGAUUCCCGUUCCACUUCCGACGAGGAGACUCACCGAACAGCGCUAGAUCUGGGCUUCGGUAACCACGGCUGCUGGUCUGUGAAGGUGAAAGAAAGUGAACCAGGUCCAUCACUCGAUCUCUUGUCGAUGAAACGAGUGAAAACAGAACCAGAGGAUGCGGAAAUCAUCCAGAUCACUGUCCAAGAUCCAAGCGCAGGCUCAGAGGAUCUCAGUGAGAGUCUGUCUGAUAAAUCAACAUCCGAGGAACCUGACCUGCUACUAGACACCCACUCAGAUCUCGCACAGGAUGACGUCUCCAGCCACGAAGAUCUGCAAAUGACAGUGGAAGAAGACUGGAACGAAAAGAUUGUGCAACUGAGGAAACAGGUGGAGAAUCUCUUCAGCAGGAAGUACGGUGAAGCCAUGGGAUUCCCAGAUCCAGUCAAGGUCCCGUACCUGAAAUUCCAGUCCCAUCCCGAGGAUCUCUGUGUGGAUGGCUUGCCAGAUGGCAUCCCAUUCAGGAGACCCAGUUGCCUCGGAACUUCCAAACUGCAAAAAAUUUUAGCAGAAAGCGACAACAUUCAGUUUGUCAUCAAAAGGCCGGAACUUCUGCUCGAGGAAGACACAGAAUCCAGUAAAGAGAGGACGAGCGCAGCAGCAGUGACUGUACCAAAGAAGGAACGUGAGUGUGUGAGAGAGGAAACGACACAAGGGAAUAGGCAGAGCUGCUCAGACAAAGCUGACAAAGCUGAAGUGAAACCGCUGUGUAAUUCCGAUGGAAUUAAAUCCAACAAUUCCCUGAACAGCAUUGAGGUCACCAUCCCAGAAACAUUUGAUGCAAAGCUGACGAGAGUGGACAUCGCUAACAACCUGAGAGAGCAGGUCCAGGACCUGUUCAACCGUAAAUACGGUGAAGCUUUGGGUAUCAAGUACCCGGUUCAGGUGCCGUAUAAACGGAUCAAAAGUAACCCAGGCUCGGUCAUCAUCGAGGGGCUCCCGCCCGGCAUUCCCUUCCGUAAACCCUGCACGUUCGGCUCCCAGAACCUGGAGAGGAUCCUCGCCGUGGCCGACAAGAUCAAAUUCACCAUAACCAGGCCUUUCCAAGGACUCAUCCCGAAACCCGCGCCAAGACGAAUAACAUCACUGGAAAAGGCAUACGCAGCUUUGCAGGAGGAUGAAGAGGCAAACCGGCUGGGAGAGAAAGUAAUCCUCAGGGAACAAGUGAAGGAAUUAUUCAAUGAAAAGUACGGAGAAGCUCUGGGACUGAACCGCCCUGUCCUUGUGCCCUACAAGUUGAUCCGAGAUAACCCAGAGGCGAUCGAGGUGACCGGGCUCCCAGACGAGAUCCUCUUCAGGAACCCAACUACGUACGAUCUCAGCAGAUUGGAGAAGAUCCUCAAAGCCAGAGACCGGAUCAGGAUGAUCAUCAAAAGUCAGUUGCAGCCCUUUGCGGAGAUUUGUAACGAGGCGUCGAAAUCAGCGUCCAAACAAGACACAGCCCACAGAAGGAAACGGAGAAGAGUGUCCGAGGGGAACAUUGUCCCGUCCUCCUCCGGCGUGGAACCGGGUGCCCCUCCCAACCCGGUCUCUCUUGUGCAAUGGCCAAUGUACCUGGUAGACUAUGGGGCAGUUAACAUGCAAAUCCAAGGUCCUGUAAACUACUAGCAAGCAUCAAUCACCCCGUCACCCGCCACCCCAACACACACACACACACACACGCACACAGUAACGAACCUGAUCGACGACGUGUUUGUAACUAUGUACCAUAACUGUAUAGUAUGAACUGUAACAUUUCCUUCGGAACCUGUCCUGGUUUUUACACUGUAUCGUGUGAUCAAGGCCUUUAAAUAAAUGUGCUGCCUUGCACUAAAA